CAAAAGUAGCGCGAUUCGAACGCGGCUCCUAGAAUUCACAGCGGGAAACUCUGUUUAAAUUGUUUUUGUUGAUAGCAGCUGUGUCUUCCGCGAGAAGGGGUCUACAGCCUCGUGGCCGCAACUCCGACAAGGCUGAGGCCACGCAGGGUCCACAGACUUGCAUGGGCGGCGGCCCGGGCAAGGCGGCCUUGGCAAGUUUGGGAUCUGGCAACGUGAAUCGGAAGGCGCAGCAAGGGGGGCUACGCCGUGCCUGCAGUUUACAAGUGUACUACUUCUGGGACAGCUCGUAGUACUGCUAGCAACUGCCAGUGUAGAAAGACAUCAUCAUAUCCGAAAGCGCUUCGAACCACGUCCUUUUCACUCCAGGUGUCUCGAGGAACCCAGCUGCCGUCGUCACUGUCCGCAAUUAUUAGCCAUCCUACCGCCCUGACCUCAUCUCAAAGCGCCUGAUUACUUCCUUCAGUUUCCCGCAUCGCAGCAAAGUGUCCGGUCUACUUUUGGUAGUACCUUGAUAUACGAUCACACACCUUCAACUACUGCUGGUUCUACCGCUCGAGUACAAACUUUCACUCCAUAACCGCACCACUUCGACAAGCUACAGGAUGGCUGACGCCGACGGUGCGUCACCCAAGGAGCAAGUCCUGGAAGCCUGCCGUCGAGACAAUCUCGAGUUAUUCCGCCAAGUACUGGACGAGAUGAAAGCCAAGAGCAAUGAGGAGAUAGCAGAAUUCUUCAAUACCGUGACGGACACCUUGGGCAACCACCUGCUGCAUGUGUGUGCCAAUUACGGAGCAUAUGACGUUAUGGACGCGCUGCUCGACAUCGAAUACUUGGAGUGUGAUCCGCUUACAAGAAGGGACAAAGAAACGCCCAUCCACUGCGCGGUCCGUUUUGCCAACGAACGAGAUGUCGCACUUGGCGGGGCCAUGGCUCAGAUGUUGAUUGACGCUGGAGGCGACCCAAGAGUCAAAGACAAACAUGGCAGGAAGCCUGCGGAAAUAUGCACUCCUCGCACAGAGGAACUCCGUAACAUUCUCAUCAAGGAAGAAUAUGCUCUGAACGAGGGGCUCAAGCAUGCCGACGCUCGUCUGGACGACGAUGAAGCUGAUGCCGGCUCCGCGUCGGACUCAGAAUGAUUACAAUACUUCAGCGCCACGGCCAGAGUCUUUUUAUUCUUGCCAUUUUGAUCAAGGUGCUAGCUCAGACAUAGCAGGGCUUUCUACCGCCGCAAACAUAUAUUUGCGAGCCGCCUCUGCUAGGCGCACCGAGAUCCACGGAUAGCAACAUUAUGAAUCAGCCUGCACUCUGACAGGCUAAGCAUGCGCACCCUGACAGACAGUGCUAAAGAGGCUCCUACUGCCCUGUCCAGGCACCGGGUGGUAGAGACGCACGACGAGCCAGCGGGGAAAAGCCGUAACCAAAUAUGGUCCGUCUCGCCAUAUGACACAAGCUUGAACACGAAGACACCAGAAGGAUGAGACAAUGACAUGACAAAAUUUGUACAAUGAUCAAUAUAAACUAUGAUGCGGCAUGAUAUCAACUAAGCCUGAGUUUGGGCGUCUUCCCAAUCCGCCUUUUCUUUGGCCUUGAUGGUCGCCCUCCACGAUAGGAUGAGCCAUAUGGCGAGCAGCACGCCCAAUCCGUCAAGGCCGAUUCCCAAGUACCAGGCCCCGCGAUAGCCCUUCAGCUCAUUCGCACCGCCCGAGUUGACGUGAACCUCGACCGUUCCCGCCAUGCCCAAGCCGAUGGAGAUACUGUAGUUGACGACUGUGUUGAUCAGUGACGCUGCGAGACCUUGGUGCUCGGGCGGCAUGUGGUUCGAGAGAACAAUGACGCCACUGGGGAAGCUCAUAUCCAUGCCCCAGCAGGUAACGAUCAAGGACACAAAGGCCUGUGCCCAGUAAGUCUGUUUCACUGGCAUGGUUGCCAGUAGUAUCGUGCCCACCAGAAAGGCGAGCAUACUGGCCAGCAUGAUCCAUCCAGGCUGCAUAAUAGCGAUCAGACGGCCGGUUACGAUUGCUGCGAUGGCGCCCGAGAUGGCGGUAGGGACGAUCUGAGCUGCCGUCAACAGCACGGUUUGACCGCGUAGGAGCUCGAGGAAUUGCCUAGCAAGGACCAACAGUCAGCAUCGAGCUGGGGAAAGAGGGAACGUAAGCAUAGACUAAUCCUUACCAUAGAUAGAAGACCCAAAUACCAAACGAAGCCCAGCCGGCAGCGAUGCAUCCAAAAACCAACCUGGUGUCGGUGGAAAAGGACGACAUGGGGAUCAGGGGGAAAGCAGCCUUUGCUUUCUCAUACCAGAAAAACACGACCAAGAAGAGAACACCGACGAUCAGUAACACGUAGACAUAGACCUUUUCCCAGCCAGCGGCGGGUCCUUGGUUCCAGGCAAAGUUGAAAAAGAUCAACCCGACCACACCGAGGACUGUGCCGACCACGUCCAAUUCCUUCCAUCGAGACUCUGUGGGGCCUGCGACCGGCAUGCGAGGGACGACCAAUAUGACCAGGACUCCCAUGAUAGCAGAGACGAUGGCGAGUAGCCAAUACGUCCAGGGCCACCAGGCGUGUUCUGCAAAGAUACCAGAGAACACUGCUCCAACAAGAUAUCCUCCCGGGGCAGUGGCGCCGAAAAGACUGAGAACCAUGUUCUUCCUCGGGCCCGGCGGAUACGUGCGGCUCAGAACCGCAAUGCCAUUAGGAAGCAACAAUGCCGGCCCGAUACCCUGCAUGGCACGACAGAAAGCAAAGAAGACCAACGAGUGUGAGAAAGCCGCGAAGCCUGCAACGGCCGACCAGACGGCAAACCAGAGAUAUCCAAAGACAAACAAUUUCCUGUGUCCGUAUAAGUCCCCCCAUCGCCCGGCUGGCAAAAUGAAUGUGCCCACGGUCAACGAGUACGCGGCGGGCAGCCAGGACAGCUGGCCUGGAUUCGUGGUGUGGAAUGUGUUGCCGAUGAUAUGAAGCGGCGCAAUCGACAUGGCCAGCGCUGCUUGGGUCAAUAGCUGUGCGGCGCUGAUAACGGUCACGAACAGAACUUCGUGGAUAAGCGAGAACUCGGGCGGUUUUGUGGCGGUAGGCACCCGCGAGAUACUCUGUGUCAGGCUUUGGGUCGGAUGAAUCGAGGAUGCGGUGGCCGUUUCAUGUCGUGCGAGAUCUGUGCUUCUUGUUCUCGUUAUCGUUCUGAUUGGCACUGCUGCUGAUUCUUUUGAUGUGUCUGUGUCCAUGGUCUCUGCAGGUUUCUCGGUGAGGUUGAGGCAAUCUGCCGACUCUGGAGAUUCCAGGCUUUUCUCGUGAACGUUGUCGUUGUCGCUCGCAUCGGACGACGAGACUGAGGAAGCCCCCGGUCCCUGUACGGAAGACGGUUCCUGCUGGGCGGUCAUAACAACCAGUAGAACCCACAACCCAGGACGACUGCAGACAGACGGUUAUUGCAGAGGUCUGGUACCGCGAACGUUGGAAUAUCAGUAUAUAUCGACGCGGGUUGGCUUGACUGUUUUGUAUCGCUCGCUUCGCUAGCAGAUGCUGCGAUUCCGAGAUAUCUGCAAAUUGGAGAUUUUGAAAAUGACGUCCGAUUCGCCUUCAAUGAUAAAUGCUCAUGCAGCCUGAGCCUCGCGACACUGACACUCUUCAAACAUCAUGCGACAGGAUAUAAACAGACGACCGAUCAUCGAAGAAGAGGACAAGAGGAACAAAAAACAAAAAAUCCAAUCGAUCGGUAUGGAGUCAAUCACUGCCCGUUAUUAGUUCGGGCGGUAUUUCCUCCUUCGAAACUCAACCUGGGUGUCCACCCGCAAGGCUCUCUGUGGUGUCUUUCUUCUGGUCCACCGAAUGGGCCCCACCGCCCGCUCGUGAUUACGACAGCAACUGUCAGCCAAAUGAUAACGAGGACCAGUCGAAGAAAGUGCAAAGCCUCGUCCUGGACAUAUUAGGAACCGAGCCCGUACUGCAUCAGCUCGCUGUUUAGGAUAUCUCGCUCUUUCUCGCUUAAUACCGAGUAGCCUUACUGAUCAGUGUCAGAGGCUGCUGGCGUGAUAGGCGGAAUGCAGGUAAGGGAUGAUCUAGGUGAUGGGCUGCAGGUGAUCUUCUUGCCGGACUUCGGAUUCUGUCCGCGGCAAAGAUCCAGAGUUGCUUUGAUAAGCAGGGCCCACUGCAAUGUGUGCCCGGCGGAUCAUUUUCCGCGCUGCAACUUCGAGUUCUCGAAUCUUGAUAAUCACGGCAAGGCAUCUCGACAGAUUCGAUAUCUGGUCUUCAUCUCACAUGGCUUUCAUCUGGCGACGCGGUUGUGGUUGAGGGUUGCUCUUCUUGAGAGACACCUACUUGUCUUUGUAUGACAUUUUGCCCCCAUCUGCGGUGCAAGUUGGUGUUUUGUGCAGCCGCAUCUCUGUAUGCCCUGUACAACCCGUAUCGGUGCAGGCGACCUUGGCGGCAAUCUCAUAUCGGUGCCACAUCGCUUGCUGUCUCUCGGCCUCUGAUUCAAUCGCAGACAUUUCCGUCGUGGUUUCUCCAUCAGGGCAGUAAUGUUCCCGUUUGUGGCGGUCACAGUUGCGUUUGAUCAUGUCUCACACCUUGAAGAAUUGCGCCGUGGACGUGAAGGAAAUGGAGGGGGAGUGCAGUGAGAGAGGCAUUGGGUUCUCUACUGCAGUGCGGCGUUAAAUCAACAGCAGAAUCGAAAAUUCUUUGGUCAGAGCUUGCUGCCAUAUUCUACACCCUCAGCUUGUGUGGCUACCAAGCUAGUAGCGAAGAAUUAAGCUUAAAAAGUAUCAUCGCAGGCAAACUUCAACCCGUACCUGGGUCUGUCACUGGGACGGUUCGGGCAGAGGACUGAAGAAAAUGCAAGAGAGUAUGCAUUGCGACGCCGAUUUGGGCGAGGCCGGCGAUCGAUCUUCUACGUGAUAUCGAGGAGUCUGUCAAUACUACAUCUGUCUUUCAGUUUUCAGUGCAGGUACAUCGUCUUCUCAAGGCGUAGACAUUACAACGGGGUAAAAAGAUCAAUACUGAUCUAUAACCCAAGAAUUCCCCCGCAUGGUAUCGCAGCACUAUCCGCGCA